AUGUGUCCCCAAAUGCCAGGGCUUCAAAAGGAGUUUCUGGACCUUGGUGUAUUAAACUGUGGAGAUGUGGCUCAGCUUCCAGGACUAAUUUCCAGACACAGUGAAGGGAGAGGUAUAACAGGAAUUCAUAAAAAUGUCAGGAUAACAUCACCAACUGCAGUGUUUGAUGCCCCUCAUGACUACAAUUCUCAUUUUUUGCCAGGCCCUGGUGGACCUCCACUUGCAGGCUUGCCUAUGGGAUAUAAUAUUCUAAGGCAUCCUUGUACCAUCCCCUUGUACUAUACCACUGGUAUCCAUUCUAUCCAGUACCAGCCUGGCAAAUAUCUUAAGACCUAUCGGGCUGCUCCAGUAAUGUGGAUGCCAGGGCCAACUCCUGUGCCCAGCUGCCCUUUUGGUCUGGCAUACUUAGCUCAGUUGAACAACAUACACAUUCUUCAGCAUUUUGAGCCUCUGGAAUUGAUGACAGGUUAUGAAACGAAAAAUAUAUAUGAUAUAAAAAAUAUAGACCAGAUGGUGUACAUUGUAACUGAAAACACAUAUGAUUAUACCAGGAAUGCCUAUCGGAACCUACGACCCUUCAUACUCCGGGUCACUGUCUGCCUCGGCUGAGAGAUCAUGACCAUGCCGAGACCUUUCUGAUAUACCUGUUGUUGAUUCUGCUGCCCCUGUGUAAGGCAAGAGCUGGAAGUGCAAUGUCCUCCCGGUGUUGCCAUUGGAUUUGUUGCAGAACACUGGAACUUAUGCAGAGACACUUACAGCAUCCAAAAUCAGAGGAAAGAGAAUGAGGUGGGAGUGCGUGGUCCAUGUGCAACCUAUGGCUGUGGUUCAGAUCCUGUUUUUGAGGUCAACACUCUAGAUGUAGCACCUAAUAUCAGUAUUAUCAGGAAGUGGAAUGGCUUUCUGUCAACAAUGGGAGAUGCUGACCACUUUGAGAUUCGCUUCCCUUUAAACCUGGAUGUGAAGAUGAAAGCAAUGAUUUUUGGCGCUUGCUUCCUCAUUGAUUUCAUGUACUUUGAAAGGACUCCUUCAAGGUGUUCAUCAAGAUAG